AUGCUCCUAGGAAACAUAACCUCGCUCCUUCCCAAACUGAUCAACUUCAGCCCGCACCCUGCCCAAAUUUUCCUCAUAAGCUACGCCCUUAUGGCCAUCCUUCAAGCAACCGGUGUCCUCGAACAAUACAUCCGGACACGCCUGCACCCAACACUAAGCAAACAAUCCGAAGUUAAGAUUUCGGGAAAUGGUCGAGGAUCCAAAAGACAGGGAAGCAAAAUCUAUGUGACGCCUCAAAAUACGACUUCACGAAGCCUCGACGACUCCGCUGUCAAAGCCGUGUACAUCGCUGCCCCGGUUGCCGCGCGGCGCUCGUUGCGCUAG